AUGGAUUCUGAUCCUGCUAGCCUGAUCUCGGGCAUCACAUUCAAUAGUGUCCCACUUCGUGAAUCUUUUUGCGAUUCCUGUCUGGAUGCACUCGUGGAAUGUUAUAAAGACGGCAACCAUUCCAAGCUAGAUGAGAGCCAUGCCAAUCAUGUUCCAAAUGUUGGUACAGAGAAGUUUGAUCCCCCAGAUGAUGACUUUAUUCAUGAGGAUAUCAUUUCCAACAAUUCUUCUAUAAAUAACCGAUUCUUAACCCAAUCGUCUACCUACAUGUACGAACAAGAACCUUUUGAUACUUACCGCUGUAAAGUCAAUCAGUUGUGUAUUGAUAUAGGCCUUGGCGAACCAUCAACUAUAGAGCGUAUGGAUGGAGGAAGUUACAAUCGGGUGAUUGGCUUGUCAUUUCGAAGUGAAUCUGGAAUUCAACAACGUAUUCUACGGAUCCCGCGAGAAUGGGAUGCCAAAUGGUCGAAGCAAACUGAUAUCCAGAACCAGGCUGAAAUAAUCAUGUGGCUUCAGCGAUUCGAAUUCCUUCAUGUACCUAAGGUUUUAGCCAUCGAUACUACCACUGCGAAUCCUCUUAAGUCACCAUAUGUUCUACAGGAGAGGAUUCAAGGAAUACCGCCAGACGAAUUGUUCUUCGAGAUUCCCCAACAGCUUCCCAUGUCUAAGAGACUUGAAGUUGUGAAGACUAUUGCAGAGUUCAUAGUCAAAUUAGAGAGUACCACUCUGGAUAAGCCGGGAAAACUGGUUGGCACUCAUGCUGUACUAUGGACUUCAACUUCCAUUGCUUCUUCCACACCACGCAUUGAAUUCGCGGGCUUCUCUCCGAGCUUCAUGGAGAGCGCACCUCCUCUUGAGAAGCAAGACCUGCCAUCGUUACUCUCCAACAUGAUUAAAGCCCACCAGACUAUCAGAACACAAGAUGAUGCGCAGUGGGAAAUGUUGCAAGUAGUUUUGGGGGAAAUGGCGGCGAGACGCUUUUUCAAACCAUCCGACUCCAUCAACGAUCUCGAGCCUCGACACAUUUUCGUCGAAAAGUUCGAAUCAGAAAAAUGGGAAGUCAGCGGAGUCAUCGAUUGGGAUGAUGUAAAGUCCAUGCCGUUAGUUUUGACUCGAGCUCCCAGAUCCUGGCUCUGGUUCUACGAGGAGCGUUUCGAAUACUGUAAUAACUUUACGUUUCCGUGGAAUGGCGAUUAUGAUGCUCCUUUAGAUUUACCACUCAAUAAGGAUGUGACGAUUGUGAAAGAGUAUUUUGAUAGGGUAAUGCAGGAGGCGGAUCCGACGUAUAUGGAUGAUACAUAUGGAAGAGGGUUUUGGAUCCGUCGACUCGCGAGGUUUGCAAGGGAUGGGUUUUAUUGCCCCUGGGACUUGGGAAGAUAUGAGAAGUUUAUCGAGGACUGGAAUAAAUAUAUUGGGGAUGUGGGUUCGAUUUAUGGGGGAAGUAUGUAUCAUAUUUUGCUUGAAGACGGCAAAUAUCUUUAG